UUAUUAGCUGCGGAGGCCUUACAGUGCGUGGAGGCGGCUCCGUGACGGGCUGCAGCGCCGCAUCGCUCCCAGACGCUCCAGGUCAGCUUUUCGUAUUUUCGGCCACGCAAUUGGACUAAUCUCGCUGAUCCAGUUACCUGAAACAUCUGCGGGGGGUUGGCCGCUUGUUUUCGAGACCUGUUCACCCCCCCUCUCACCCCCGCCCUCCUCCGCCGUGAAGAUGAAGUUAACAACGCGCCGCCGUCAGGUGCAACCGGCAUCCGAUGGAGCCCUGCUUUUUAUCUCGUUCAUCAUCGACCAAACCGAUGCAGCACUUCCUCACUUUGCGGUCCCAGCUGACAGAUUCUGAUAUGGACUAUGAGAGGCCUAACGUUGAAACUAUCAAGUGUGUGGUGGUGGGAGACAAUGCAGUGGGAAAGACGCGCCUUAUCUGCGCCCGGGCGUGCAAUGCCACACUGACUCAAUACCAGUUACUCGCUACCCAUGUGCCCACAGUUUGGGCAAUUGACCAGUACAGAGUGUGCCAGGAGGUAUUAGAGCGCUCCAGAGAUGUGGUGGAUGAAGUCAGUGUGUCCCUCCGUCUCUGGGAUACUUUCGGGGACCACCACAAGGACCGGCGUUUUGCAUACGGCAGGUCUGAUGUGGUGGUACUGUGCUUUUCAAUUGCCAACCCCAACUCUCUAUACCAUGUGAAGACCAUGUGGUACCCUGAGAUCAAGCACUUCUGCCCCCGGGCCCCUGUCAUUUUAGUUGGCUGUCAGCUGGACCUGCGCUAUGCCGACCUGGAGGCCGUGAACAGGGCCCGGAGGCCCUUAGCGAGACCAAUUAAAUCCAAUGAGAUUCUUCCUCCAGAAAGAGGCCGAGAGGUGGCCAAAGAGUUGGGAGUGCCGUAUUAUGAAACCAGUGUUGUUGCUCAAUUUGGAGUCAAGGACGUCUUUGAUAAUGCCAUCCGAGCUGCGCUCAUCUCACGCCGACACCUGCAGUUUUGGAAAUCUCACCUCAGAAAUGUUCAGCGGCCUCUCCUUCAGGCGCCCUUCCUGCCGCCGAAACCUCCCCCGCCUCUAAUCACUGUGCCUCCUCCCCCAACCACGACCGAGGAGCAUCCAGUCGGUCUUCUGGAGGACCCGCACUGUGCUGACGUCAUCCUGGUCCUGCAGGAGCGGCAGAAAAUAUUUGCACACAAGAUAUACUUGGCGACAUCCUCUUCAAAGUUCUAUGACCUCUUCAUAAUGGACGCACAUAACGAGGAGACGGAAAGGCCCUCUCGUGGCCCUCUGUCCGGCAGAGAGCUGCUGAUGCGUGCUGCCAGUUUUGAUGUUUGUGAACUCAGCGAUGACGGAGACAGGGCCAACCUCAGGGCCUGCACGAGCGACGGGACCCUGAAAGACUCCGAUGGGGCCCGGCGGGGAAAGCUGCUCUCUUCGUGGAGCCGAGCCUUUGUCAGUAUCCAGGAGGAGCUGGUGGAUGACCCGUUCACGUACAGCCCCAGGCCCAUGACUGUGGUGCACAUGGACCAGUCCAUGCAGCUCGGCCCUUUCCGAGCUGUGCUUCGCUACUUGUAUACGGGUCAGCUGGACGAGAAUGAAAAAGAGCUAAUGCACGUUGCCCACAUUGCUGAACUGCUGGAGGUCUUCGACCUGCGGAUGAUGGUGGCAAACAUACUCAACAAUGAAGCCUUCAUGAACCAAGAAAUCACCAAAGCCUUUCAUGUACGGCGCACAAACAGAGUCAAGGAGUGUUUGGCCAAAGGCACCUUUUCUGAUGUAGUAUUCAAGCUAGAUGAUGGGACCAUCAUGGCCCACAAGCCUUUACUCAUCUCCAGCUGUGAUUGGAUGGCAGCUAUGUUUGGGGGGCCUUUUGUGGAGAGCUGCACCAAAGAGGUGCUGUUUCCAAACACAACUCGCAGCUGUAUGAGGGCCGUGCUAGAAUAUCUCUACACAGGGCGGUUUUGUUCUCGGUCUGACCUGGACGCAAUGGAGCUUAUUGUUCUUGCCAAUCGUCUUUGCCUCCCCCACCUGGUUGCACUUACAGAGCUCUACACAGUAACAGUGUUGACAGAGGCGGCAAUGAUGGGCGCGGAUAUUGAUGGAGACGUGCUUGUGUACUUGGACAUGGCCCAGUUCCACGGCGCCCAACAGCUCACUGGCUGGUGUCUUCACCACAUCUGCACCAACUACAACAGUGUCUGCCGCAAGUUUCCCCGAGAGAUGAGGGCCAAUUCUACAGAGAACCAAGAAUACUUUGAGAAACAUCGCUGGCCACCUGUGUGGUACCUGAAAGAGGACGACCACUACCAAAGAGCGCGCAAAGAGCGCGACAAGGAGGACUACCUGUACCAGAGGCGGCAAUGUAAACGCAAGUGGCUCUUCUGGAACAUUCCUUCCUCCCCCAAUAGAAACUCUCCUUCCUCUGGCUCAUCCGCUGUCAUCUGACCAAGUGGUAAGGCCGGGUCAACGCUGAAGUGCAUCAGCGUGGAUGCGAGUUGUAAAAGAUACAUUAAAAGAUAAGCACCGCUGGCUACACACGUCCCGAUUAUUCAGGCACACGGUCUCUCCUCCUGUUUGUUCUCCACUGCAGUCAAAUUCCUCCAGGUCUGCAAGCUCAGCUUAAUCUGGCGGUUAAAGUAAUAUUAGUAUUGUUUCUUAGAUUUUUAGCUUGGUGUACAUCAAACUCAAACCUCAGUGAUAUGAACCUCACUAACAAAUGGCACAGUGUAAUUGGUGCAAAGAACAAUGUCAUAUUGAUUAAGUUACAAAAAUAGAACUCUGCUGGCACAGAACUUUUCACAUAUUAUUUUGAAUUAUCAUCAAUUAACCUGAACUGAUAACAACCAGCAAUUAAACGCAGAACCACUCAGUCUCAUAUAAAUAACACUUUGCCCUUAAGUGUUUGUACAAUCUACCAAACUAAAACAGGAUGUAACAACACUGUAUACUCAUUUUGAUAGCGUCAGCAUAAAGGAAAAUACUGGCAAGAUGGCUUGUGUGUGGCUUGCAAAGCUAAAAGUGAUUUCAUAAAGGAGCUUUAGUUUACCCGAGUGCUUUCAAUGUCCUGAAACACAAGUACCUGUAUGUUCUGUAGAAGGCCGAUAAUAACAUAGCAGAUCACUAUUAUUUCCUUUGAGUUGCUUCAAUGCGCCAUGUCAGCACGCAUGUUGCCUAAGUCCAUCACUGUUAGGAUUCCAUCUGCUUGAUCACUGUCAUCCAAAAAAAUACACAUGAUGCAUCUCAAAAGCCAAUAGCGGCAUUCCCAGAGCUCAAGCAAUCGAGUGUCCCUCCCUCCGUGAAGGUGUGUUUCACGCAUCUGACACAGGUGUUGAGUUGGCCUUUAGAGAUUUAUUUAUCUCGGCCCCCCGACUGUCUGAAGUCAGCCGCGUGAGACUGCAUUCAGGAGGAGACCGCGUGAGGUCCUUCCUGUCCUUCUCCACUCCUCAAGCACCUUUUGGUCUCCUCUCCACAGAGACACACAUAAGAACAUCCGGUAGCAGCAAAAUGGUAAACGGCACCAAAUGGUGUCACCCGGCAAGCUGCAGCUGCUGACCAGGAUAUUUGAAAUGUAUGUUUGAACACAAUGCAUGUUUAAAGAAUGUCAUCUACUGUUGAUUGUAAGAUAGACUGCAGCAAUAUUUGCAGUAGAAAGCAUUGUGCAAAGUGAAGAUGGGUAUUGUAAAUUGUACAAAAUAUCAUAUCAACUUGCAUCAUUAACGUGCUGUUACCUAAUAUUGUGCACUGCAGGCAGUGAGCAGAAUUGUACAGUAUUACAGGGUAAUACAUUACAUACACACUGAAAAUAGACUUGACUUGUAUUUAGUUACUGUGCAGCUACAAACUGUUGUGUAAAAUAUCUGAAUACUCAUUGUGCUGACCUCUAGUUACAUCUAUUAUAUUGUGAAGAAAACAUGCAAGGUGCAGGCAGUUCCAACUAACAGUUGACUAAUAGUAAUAGUACUAAUAGUAUCAAAGUGCAAGGUUAAACAGACACGUGUUUAAAUAAUUUACAUUGUUAAGACUUUAAACAUGUCAUUGUUAUCAAAAAAGUCUAAUAGCAGCAUAUAUCCAAGAAACUUAAUCAUGCACAUGAUUGGUUACAUAUUUCCAUGCAAUGUAUGUUAAAACAGAUAUUAGAGCCAAACAAAUAGUUUACAACUUAAAGUGGUAUGAAUCAAUUCAGUGAAAAGUAGUUUCUGCUGGUACUAACUUUCGAUCUAUCUAGAGAUCGCCAAAUUCUCAUUAAAAGUGUAAGAUACAGAUAUAUAGUGAUGCUGGUGCUCUAAGCAGUAGCUUUGAAUUGUUCUAAAUUACAUUCACCUUUUUCUAUUGGUUCGUAAACAUAAUAACUUCAUCUAUCUUUUCAAAUUCUUUUGGCACGUUAGGCCGAAGGACGAUAGCAUCCUACUUCUCUUCUUUUAGACCGUUGGCCUAAUAUCUUAUAUUGUCAAAUUUUCAGUCAAAAUACACCUAUUCCACUAAUAUAACAGCAGGAGGGUGUAUAUUAUUAUAACUUACUUUAGUGGUGUGAUUGUAGUUUCAUUGAUAUCUAUUUAAUUCCUCAGUGCAUUGCAUUUCUCAAUAAGUCUUCUUCUGAUGUUUUGCAUCAACACCUCAUGCCUUAAUGUACAGUGUAGUGUAUGGAAUUGAAUGUUUAGUAGUUUUGCUGUGGCCACUAUUCCUUUUGCUCUUUGUUUAGUUACCAUGGUGCUCUCUAGACCAUGCGUGUAUCUGUAAAUGUACGUAAUCUUUACACAAUUGGGAUGUAAAGCAAUUGGUGUGUGAUAGAUGCAAUGAGUUUGAACACUGUGCAGGGUUCAUGCCCAUUUUAGAGCUGGAAAAUUUAAACUAA